GACUUCAUAUUAUUCAAACAAUAACAUUUCUUUCGUCAUCAAUUCAGCCUCAAGCGGUAUGCGAUAAUAAAUUUGCAUUGAUAUUAAUUUAUUCAUCGCCCAACCACUACCACGACCUACUACUAGACACUCGAUCCAUAACUUCCCUUGUUGCUCCCAAAGCCGUACGGAGUAGGUCUUGUGUUAGGAGAUCAUCUUCCAAGUCGAGCUUAAUCUGGGUCCACUCAGCCUAAACAUUAGCGCUGUGAGCCUGCGAGCACCUCAACUCACUGAACCACCAGAACCUAGGCCCUAGGUACGGAGUCCUAACAAACCUCUUACCUCAGCCUUGUCCCAGUUUCAUUCUUGCAAGAACCAACAAAACAUCAAAAGCUCUUCCACAUCUCGCUUUCCUUGUACUCCAUUGCAAGACAACACUUUUUACCUUUGAUUAUAAUUUUAUCUAAACUUAUUAUAAUUUCAAUAUGCCUGCCCCACCCAAACAACGCAAGAUUGCUAUUGUGGGCAGUCGAUCUGUCGGUAUGCCAUAAUAAUAAGCAACAUAUAAUACAGUACAUCAAAGUAACAUUUCUUUUCUACAGGCAAAUCUUCACUUACUGUACAGUUUGUCGACGGCCACUUUGUAGAGAGUUAUUAUCCUACUAUCGAGAAUACUUUCAGCAAGGUCAUCAAGUACAAAGGGCAAGAAUUUGCCACAGAAAUCGUUGAUACAGCUGGUCAGGUAAGAUAUCUAUUGCGUCUGAUCAAAAUCACAUGUCAUUACAUAUUUGGAAAAUAUAACUAACGGCGUCCGCUUGGUAGGAUGAAUACAGUAUCUUGAAUUCAAAACAUUUCAUUGGUAUCCAUGGCUAUGUGCUUGUCUAUUCCGUUGCUUCAAUGCAAUCCUUCGAAAUGGUGGAGGUCAUCAAGGAUAAGAUCUUGAAUCACUUGGUACGACAGGAAUUUCAAUUCUCUUUUCAAUCACUUUGAGGAAACGGCUCACUGACACUGUGCAGGGUACUGAAUGGGUUCCCAUCACAAUCAUUGGUAACAAGAGCGAUCUUCGACCAGAGCAGCGUCAAGUCACUGCUGAGCAAGGCAAGGCAUUGGCGGAGAAGAUCAAAUGUGCUUUCACCGAAGCAAGUGCACGCUAUAAUGAGAAUGUUACCAAGGGAUUUGAACUUAUGAUUGAGCAAAUCGAGAAGGGUGAAAAUCCUAAUGAGCCUUCGGGAGAUUCUAAAUGUAUUCUCAUGUGAGGCAGGAAGGAUUUUGAGUAUAUGUUGGAUUAUGUCUCAUGUCUGAAUGUGGUUAACUUAGUAUGGGAGUUUUGGAGUUGGGAGAGGCAUCUUUCUUCUAGAUCUUUAGUCGCAUAGGCACAUGUCUUGCUCUGUCUUCACUUGACGUUGAUAAUACGAAUGGUGGUUUACGAACGGUUCAAUGGGUGUACGUUAAAUGGUAUUCACCGUCUAUUCCACUGCAAACUUGUUGGCGUUGCAUUGAAGAUAUAUAUCAGUAUCUUGAUGAUUUGGUACUACUGGAAACACCUGAUUAGGAGGUCUGCCAAAGGGGGCAGUGAGAAAAGGGGUGGUUGAUAUUAAAAGUACACAUCACGUGUUAAUCAGCCAGAAUGUUAUCUUAGCGGAGC